AUGCAUCUGUUCACUCCUUUAUUUGUCAUCAUGGCUCUGGCAAGUCCAUACCUGACCACCGCAAAAAUAGUAGUCAUCAAAUCCACAGGCGACGCACCAUUCUUUGACCCAACAAACACCACCGCCGACGUUGGAGAUAUUCUGGAGUUCCACUUCAGCGCCCACAACCGAAGCGUAGUCAGGGGUGACUAUGAAAGACCCUGUGAGCCGGCUGCAACCGGAGGCUUCUACUCGGGCUUCUUCGUACAGGAAGACGCCACCGCAGAAAAUUCAACGGUCUUCCGCGUCACCGUGAACGACACGGACCCGAUCAUCUACUACUGCUCGCAGAACGGCCCCGAGUUCGGGAACCACUGCAAGGACCACGGCAUGGCGGGGGUGGUCAACGAGCCCGAUGUGUCCAGGCUCCAGGAGUACAGGGACGCGGCUGCCUCGGUGGACACCAGCGUCACGCCCGAUUCUGAGCCCUUCGGGGGCGUCUUUGCCGUGAACCCAGACACCGACGCUGUGAGCGGGACCGCUUCGGGGAGCUUGCCGGCCUCGACGUCGACAACAAGUGCGCCGGGUGAGGGGUGGAAACACAUGAACAGCCAGUCUUGUUGGCUAUUACUUGCGGCGAUGGCUAUGUUACUUGUUAUGUAA